UUUGCGUUAACUUUCAUUCAUGUAGUUUUAUUAUUAGAGUUUCGAUGGCGAAAAAGCCUAAAAUAAUGACCAAAAGGGAAAUUCAACGUCUAUGCUAAAAUUUCCCUCAUUACAGUUAUGGCCCUUUGCGCGCUUACAUUUCCCGCCCGCAGUUCUGUGUGUUUUCUCGUCUCGUGCGGUCUGCUUCCGAAAAAAACGAAACGGCAAAAAAAACGCGUAAUUCAACGACCGCAAAUAUAAAACGCUGGAUAUAGUUUAAUUGCAGAGCUAAGAGUUAAAAUAAAUAAAACGCGUGUGAUAAAUAAUCGAUAAAGCAAAAAGAGCAGUACCGAGCAGAGCAAGAGAAAGAGCGAGCGAGCGAGAGGACACAUCAGUUCCACCCAGCAACAAACCAGCCUGACGAAGAAGAAGCAGCAACAGAAGGGGGCUGGGAAGGGGACGCUGUGUCUGUGUGUGUGUGUGUCGUGUGUUUUGUGGCCUUUGCCCUUGAUUAAAGUUUCACACGGAAAACGGCAACAAAUUAAAUAAAACUAUACAAGCAACUUGCACACACAAUCAAAAUAUUAAUUGCAAUAUUAUUGUUGUAGACAAUUGCUCCCCUCUCCUCCCCCCCGCAUAUAUUAUACACAAAGGUUGCCCGGCCAAGUCGAACUUAAGCUCCAGCUGCUGAUAUAAUAAUGCCAAUACUCGAACGGUGUCCAAUUAAUUGGAUACCAGCUGUAAUAAGGGCUCAAUGUCAAGAAACUCCAUCACUAUUGAAGCGCGCCAGCACCGAUAAACUGCGUGAAGUCUUCCAGAAGUACGCGUCAAUUCAAAAGGAUGGCGAACAAUACAUGACCAGUGAGGAUUUCGUGCGAAAGUUCCUGGGUCUGUUCACAGAGGCGGCUUUCAAUGAUGAAUCUGUUCGCUUGUUGGCCGGCAUUGCAGAUACGAGCAAAGAUGGUCUCAUAUCAUUCUCGGAGUUUCAGGCAUUUGAGGGUUUGCUCUGCGCCCCCGAUGCUCUCUAUAGAACUGCCUUUCAACUGUUCGAUCGCCAAGGCAAUGGCAAUGUCUCAUAUGCUGACUUUGCUGAUGUUGUACAAAAAACCGAACUGCACUCAAAGAUACCUUUUAGCUUAGAUGGUACAUUUAUUAAGCGAUACUUUGGUGAGAAGAAGCAACGCCUUAUCAACUAUGCUGAAUUUACGCAAUUGCUGCAUGAUUUUCAUGAGGAGCACGCAAUGGAGGCAUUCCGCAGCAAGGAUCCAGCUGGCACUGGAUUCAUUUCCCCCUUAGACUUUCAGGACAUAAUCGUUAAGGUUAAGCGGCAUUUACUCACCGCCGAUGUCAAGGAUAACUUGGUGGCGGUCACGGAGGGUCAUCGUGUGAGCUUCCCGUAUUUCAUAGCAUUUACCUCGCUGCUGAACAACAUGGAGCUGAUCAAGCAGAUCUAUCUGUAUGCCACCAAAGGCAGUCGCACUGAGACGGUCACCAAGAACGAGCUGCUCUAUGCGGCACAGACCAUGAGUCAGAUCACUCCAUUAGAGAUCGAUAUUCUCUUUCAGUUGACGGGCGCCGUCAAUCAACCAGGCCGCAUCGACUACAGCGACCUGAGCAACAUUGCACCCGAGCAUUAUACGAAACAUAUCACUCACCGACUGGCCGAGAUCAAGGCUGUCGACAGUCCAAGCGAUCGUUCGGCCUUGAUUCAGGUGCUCGAAGCCACCUAUCGCUUUACCUUGGCCUCAUUUGCGGGCGCUACUGGCGCCACUGUGGUCUAUCCCAUUGAUCUGGUCAAGACACGCAUGCAGAAUCAACGCACAGGCUCCAUGAUUGGUGAAGUUGCCUACAGAAACUCCUGGGAUUGCUUUAAGAAGGUCAUUCGUCACGAAGGUGUUCUCGGUCUCUAUCGUGGUCUGCUGCCCCAGCUCAUGGGCGUGGCACCCGAGAAGGCCAUCAAGCUGACAGUGAAUGACUUUGUGCGCGACAAGUUCACGGAUAAGCGCAGCAACAUUCCCGUCUGGGGCGAGGUUAUUGCCGGUGGUUGUGGUGGCGCUGCGCAGGUGAUCUUCACCAAUCCGCUGGAGAUUGUCAAGAUUCGUCUGCAGGUGGCGGGUGAAAUCGCUGGUGGCUCGAAGAUUAGUGCCUUAUCCGUGGUGCGUGAACUGGGCUUCUUUGGCCUCUACAAGGGAGCCAAGGCGUGUCUGCUGCGCGAUGUCAACUUCUCGGCCAUUUACUUCCCCACAUAUGCGCACAUCAAAGGCGCCUUUGCCGACAAGGAUGGCUAUAAUAGUCCAGUGUCUUUGCUGGCUGCUGGUGCCAUUGCUGGCAUACCAGCUGCUGCUUUAGUGACGCCAGCUGAUGUGAUCAAAACACGUCUGCAGGUUGCGGCACGUCAGGGACAGACGACGUACACGGGUCUGUGGGAUGCCACCAAGAAGAUUAUGGCUGAGGAGGGUCCACGUGCAUUCUGGAAGGGCACAGCUGCUCGCGUUUGCCGCUCAUCGCCACAGUUUGGUGUCACAUUGUUCACCUAUGAGCUGCUGCAGCGUCUCUUCUACGUCGACUUUGGCGGCAAUCAACCCAAGGGAUCGCAGAGCGCCAAAUUGGCUGUACCACUGGACAAUACGUUGGGCACAGCGCAACCGCGUGUCGAUCACAUCGGCGGCUACAACGCAGCUGUUCCUCUGCUCGCAGGCAUCGAGUCGAAGUUUGGACUGUAUUUGCCACGAUUUGGACGUGGAGCUGCUGCCACUGGCACAACGAUUGGAUCGGGGACUAGUUCAUGAUUGUAUUGGCGCCAUCGCUUACAGUGCGCCAGUUAGGUCUAAAGUUGUACAGUUGUUAGCCAUAGAUAUGUAUAGAGAGAGAAGAUGCAUCUAGAAGAUGCGCAAUCUGUUCCACAUGUAAAUACAUAUAUCUUUUGCUAGAACACACAUUUACAUCGGCCCCAAAAAACAAAAAAAACGAAAAGAGCGAGUAGUUCAGAGUAAUCAAAUCAGAUUCCCCAACAUAUAUGAAAUAUAUAGUAGAGUGUAUAUAUGUUUAUAGCAGAUAUUUAUGGCACACAAUUGAAUGGCAACUGUUUUUACCUACACUAUAGCAUCGAGCAUGAGAAAUGUGAAAUGGAAACUCGUAGCUGUUUUUUGUAAACAUUUUUUAACUAGAUGCAUAGUCUAAAGUUUAAAACAAAUCACUGAUCGUCAACUUUUGCACUCAAUGAACUAUUUAAGCCUUAAAACAUAAACAAGAAACAACAAAAAACAACCUUCUAAUCUUAGUACGAAUUUGUUCAAAAGUUAUAUUAAAGAAAAACAAAAGGAAAAUGCAAUGAAUUACCUCUUAGCUAAUAAAUUUAAAUAAAUACAAUAUAAAAAACAAAAA